AUGCCUUUAAUUGGAUUUGGUACGUACAAAACCCAAGGUAAAGAUGUCAUAGCCAGUGUUUUGGAUGCAGCCUUUUCUGCUGGAUACAGAGCCAUUGAUACCGCAGCCGUCUAUAGAAAUGAAGAAGAUAUUGGUGCUUGUCUUCCUGGACUGCUUGAUAAGUAUAAUUUGACACGAGACGAUAUCUUCAUUACCAGCAAAUUAGCCCCUAAAGACCAGGGAAGGGAAAAAUGCCGAGAUGCCUUUCACCAGUCAUUGUCUCAACUACGUACAAAAUAUCUUGACUUGUAUCUUAUCCAUUGGCCAGGAACUCAGGCGAUGAAACCGCACGAUGAACAACAAAAAGAAUUACGGAAGCAAAGUUGGCUUGAAUUGGAAUCGUUUGUUAAUGAAGGUAAACUCAGAGCCAUUGGAAUUUCUAAUUACCAACCUGGGCAUUUAAAAGAACUCUUAGAAUAUUGUAAUAUACGUCCAGCAGUUUUUCAGAAUGAACAUCAUCCUCACCUCAUCCAGAAAGAAGUCAUGGAUCUUUGUCAUGAAAAUGGAAUUCACUAUCAAGCAUAUUCAUCUCUUGGAACCUCUGCUAAGGAUAAUUUGGUGCUGACAGACCCUGUCAUCCAAGAGAUUGCAAAUAAACACAAGAAAUCAGUUGCCCAAAUUUUAUUGCGGUGGGCUGUUCAACAGGAUGUUGGAAUAAUUCCCAAGUCAACAAAUGCAGCACACAUUGCAGAGAACAUGAAAGUAUUCAACUUCAGCCUCACUUCGGAAGAUUUGGAAAAGAUUGGUAAAUUGGACAAGCAGCACCAUUAUUGCUGGAAUUCUUUUGGUAUUUGCUGA